AUGAGCUUGGUGUUGUUCUCAAUAGGAAACCCAGGACCGUCUAAUCGACACUCUGCUGGCCAUCUAAUGCUCAAGCUACUACUAGACAACUACGCAUCGUCCGUCAAGCAGCUCCUACCUAAAUCCACAUAUUCAAUAACCAGCAAUACUGACAACAGUCUAAUAUUUAUAAAAUCAAACACCUACAUGAACGAAAGCGCCAAAGCAUGGACAAAAAUAAUGGCCAAUGAAAAGUUGCCCAAUGACUCCAUCGUCAUCAUCUUGUACGACGAUUUUGAAAAUGAUAUCCCACUGGUGAAAUUAUCAAAAUUUAAAAAGAAUGAAAGUCACAAUGGAGUCAAGAACUUGAUGGGUGGGAUGCAGAAUGAGACACGGUUUCAAAUUUUCAAACUAGGUAUUGGAAUCGGACCCAAACCAGCUCAGGCUAGCAGAGACACAAUGAGUUCGUGGGUGUUGAGUCCGUUUACGAUGGAUCAGAAACAAGCAAUUAUGACUCAGAGUUUUGACCUUUGCCUUUAUUAUUUGCAACAAAUUGCCGAGACUGGCGGUGAGAUUGGCGACGUAGGGAAGUUUGAUGCCAAGGUGAAGAAAAUGUGGAAGAGACAGCAAAAUGGCGGCAAUUAA